GGCGCCGGGAGCUGCCCCCGAGGCCGCCGCUCGGCCCUCGCCCGCGCGUCAGCGCCCAGCCCGGGGCAACGAGCUCCGCCAGCUCCGAGGCCCCUGCGCGCAGCUGAGGGCGCGGGCAGCCGGGCGACCAAGGCGGCGCGGGGGUGGGACGCGGGCGGCGGCGGGCGAGCGGGCGGCGCAGCCCGGGCCGGGCUCGCUCGGCCGGCGCCCCGCGAGCCGCCCCGAUGUGGCAGGAGGCGAUGCGGCGCCGCCGCUACCUGCGGGACCGCGCCGAGGCGGCGGCGGCAGCGGCGGCGGGCGGCGGCGGCGGGGACGGGCUGCAGCGGUCCCGGGACUGGCUGUAUGAGUCCUACUACUGCAUGAGCCAGCAGCACCCGCUCAUCAUCUUCCUGCUGCUCAUCGUCAUGGGCGCCUGUCUCGCCCUGCUCGCCGUCUUCUUCGCGCUCCAGCUGGAAGUUGAAGACCAUGUGGCGUUUUUAAUAACGGUUCCCACUGCGCUGGCGAUUUUCUUUGCGAUAUUCAUCCUCGUCUGCAUUGAGUCUGUGUUUAAGAAGCUGCUCCGCCUUUUCUCUGUGGUGAUAUGGAUCUGUCUCGUGGCCAUGGGCUACCUGUUCAUGUGUUUUGGAGGCACCAUCUCUCCCUGGGACCAGGUGUCGUUCUUCCUUUUCAUCAUCUUCGUGGUCUACACCAUGCUGCCCUUCAACAUGAGAGAUGCCAUCAUCGCCAGCGUGCUCACCUCCUCCUCCCACACCAUCGUGCUGAGCGUCUGCCUGUCUGCGGCGCCCGGGGCCAAGGAGCACCUGGUCUGGCAGAUCUUGGCCAACGUGAUCAUCUUCAUCUGUGGGAACCUGGCAGGAGCGUACCACAAGCACCUCAUGGAACUUGCUCUGCAGCAAACAUAUCAGGACACGUGUAAUUGCAUCAAGUCCCGGAUCAAGUUGGAAUUUGAAAAACGUCAGCAGGAGCGGCUGCUGCUGUCCCUGCUGCCGGCUCACAUAGCCAUGGAAAUGAAGGCUGAGAUCAUCCAGAGGCUGCAGGGCCCCAAAGCCGGCCAAAUGGAAAACACAAACAACUUUCACAACCUCUACGUCAAGCGACACACCAAUGUCAGCAUCCUGUACGCCGACAUUGUUGGGUUCACCCGGCUGGCCAGUGACUGCUCCCCGGGAGAACUGGUCCACAUGCUGAACGAACUUUUUGGAAAGUUCGAUCAAAUUGCAAAGGAGAAUGAAUGUAUGAGGAUAAAAAUUUUAGGGGACUGCUACUACUGUGUGUCUGGACUCCCGAUAUCUCUGCCUAACCAUGCCAAGAAUUGUGUGAAAAUGGGACUGGAUAUGUGUGAAGCCAUCAAGAAAGUGAGGGACGCUACAGGAGUUGAUAUCAACAUGCGCGUGGGCGUGCACUCCGGGAAUGUCCUCUGUGGCGUGAUUGGUCUGCAGAAGUGGCAGUACGAUGUGUGGUCACAUGACGUCACCUUAGCCAAUCACAUGGAAGCUGGAGGCGUUCCAGGGCGUGUUCACAUCUCUUCUGUCACCCUGGAGCACCUGAAUGGGGCUUACAAAGUGGAGGAGGGAGACGGUGACAUCAGGGACCCAUAUUUAAAGCAGCACCUGGUGAAAACCUACUUUGUAAUCAAUCCUAAGGGAGAACGACGGAGUCCCCAGCACCUCUUCAGACCUCGCCACACCCUUGAUGGAGCCAAGAUGAGGGCCUCUGUGCGCAUGACCCGGUACCUGGAGUCCUGGGGGGCGGCCAAGCCCUUUGCACACCUGCACCACAGAGACAGCAUGACCACAGAGAAUGGCAAGAUCAGCACGACGGAUGUACCAAUGGGUCAGCAUAAUUUUCAAAAUCGCACUUUAAGAACCAAGUCACAAAAGAAAAGAUUUGAAGAAGAAUUGAAUGAAAGGAUGAUUCAAGCAAUUGAUGGAAUUAAUGCCCAAAAGCAAUGGCUCAAGUCUGAAGACAUUCAGAGAAUCUCAUUGCUUUUCUACAAUAAAAUUCUAGAAAAAGAGUACCGAGCCACUGCCCUGCCAGCCUUCAAGUAUUAUGUGACCUGUGCUUGUCUCAUAUUCUUCUGUAUCUUUAUCGUGCAGAUCCUCGUGUUACCAAAAACAUCCAUUCUCGGGAUCUCCUUUGGAGCUGCAUUUCUGCUGCUGGCCUUUAUCCUUUUCCUCUGCUUCGCUGGACAGCUUUUGCAAUGCAGCAAAAAGGCCUCUGCCUCUCUCCUGUGGCUUUUGAAGUCCUCAGGCAUCAUCGCCAACCGGCCCUGGCCGCGGAUCUCCCUCACGGUCAUCACCACGGCCAUCAUUUUAACCAUGGCCGUGUUCAACAUGUUUUUCCUGAGUGACCCAGAGAAAGCAAUCCCUCCACCUACCAAUACAUCAAAUACAAGCCUUUCUGCCUCAAGUAAUCAGGCAGCAAUUCUGCGUGCACAAAACUUUUUUCUUCCGUACUUUAUAUACAGCUGCAUUCUGGGGUUGAUAUCCUGCUCGGUGUUCCUGCGGGUGAACUACGAGUUGAAAAUGUCAAUUAUGAUGGCAGCGUUGGUGGGCUACAACACCAUCUUCCUCCACACCCAUGCUCACGUCCUGGAUGACUACAGCCAGGUCUUAUUUGAGAGACCAGGCAUUUGGAAAGACCUGAAGACCAUGGGCUCGGUGUCUCUCUUUAUAUUCUUCAUCACACUGCUUGUUCUGGGUAGACAGAAUGAAUAUUACUGUAGGUUAGACUUCUUAUGGAAGAACAAAUUCAAUAAAGAGCGGGAGGAGAUAGAAACCAUGGAGAACCUGAACCGCGUGCUGCUGGAGAACGUGCUUCCUGCGCACGUGGCUGAGCACUUCCUGGCCAGGAGCCUGAAGAAUGAGGAGUUAUACCACCAGUCCUAUGACUGUGUCUGCGUUAUGUUUGCCUCCAUCCCGGAUUUCAAAGAAUUCUACACAGAAUCAGAUGUCAACAAGGAGGGCUUGGAGUGCCUGCGGCUCCUGAACGAGAUCAUCGCCGACUUUGAUGAUCUGCUAUCCAAGCCAAAAUUCAGUGGAGUUGAAAAGAUCAAGACCAUUGGCAGCACAUACAUGGCAGCGACGGGCCUGAGCGCCGUGCCCAGCCAGGAGCAUGCCCAGGAGCCCGAGAGGCAGUACAUGCACAUCGGCACCAUGGUGGAGUUCGCUUUUGCGCUGGUGGCGAAACUGGACGCCAUCAACAAGCACUCCUUCAAUGACUUCAAGCUGCGAGUGGGGAUGAACCAUGGACCUGUGAUAGCUGGUGUAAUUGGAGCCCAGAAGCCGCAAUAUGAUAUCUGGGGCAACACUGUCAACGUGGCCAGUAGGAUGGACAGCACUGGAGUCCUGGACAAAAUACAGGUCACGGAGGAGACGAGCCUCAUUCUGCAGACCCUGGGGUACACGUGCACGUGUCGGGGAAUAAUCAACGUGAAGGGAAAGGGGGACCUGAAGACGUACUUUGUGAACACAGAAAUGUCAAGGUCCCUUUCCCAGAGCAACUUGGCUUCCUGAAGAGUCGUCUUCAUUUUGGCAAGAAGACUGUGUUUUUAGGAAGGUCCGAUGCACUUUCUGACUGCAACUUUUGUCCCUCGUUUUUGAUGUGCGUGCGCUGUCCUGUCCUCUGGAGCCCCUGCAGACUCGUUCCUGUGACCCGGCGGCACACCGGUUGGUGUGCCAAGAUCGCUCUGCCACUCGCACUGUGCUUACUCCGAAGGAAGAGGAAAAGGAGUGUGUGAUAGAGAAGAGAAAAGUGUUCAGAGAACUAACAUGGAUGAUGGAGAUGAAACAAACAAAAAUUCUUAAGGCAAUAAAACUAGGGGGUGUAUAUUAUCUUCUGGUGCAUGUUCUUUUCUGGAAAAUAUGGUAGCUCGCCAACCGCAUCUGCUAGUCCAAUAUUAAAACACACAGUAUUUGUGACUAAGUUGAUUCUGUCACCCCACAUGGAAUUCGACUGUGUUCACCCAUGUGUCUCAUUGCCAGUGGCUGUCCACGGGCCCCAGCUGGGAUUAGUGGCUGUCACCUUGCUCUGUUGUGUCCUGCCAGCAGCACAUAGUCACCCAUCACCAGAAUUAGUUCUCACAACCUAAGACCAGUUUUGUACCAAACGUGUCUGAUGUUUUGAUGCCCUUGUCUUUUGUAAGGUUAAUUCAUUAAAAGUUUUAUGUACUUU